UUCUCCGAUGGAAACCGAGCCUUUUCUCUCCUCCCCACAACAAUCCCGACUUGAACCCAUCAUUGAGCACCCCCAUGAUUUCUCUUUCAAUCUUCCUCCUCCCCUCACCGACCCUAUUCUCCUCCUCUUCCCACAACCCCCUCACCAAAAUGAAAUCCACCAAGACCCACAACCCUCUUCCUCCUCAUCUUACCGGAAUGCCCCGACCCGCAAACCCAGCAUUCUUACCCGAUGCAAGACCGCCCCGGCCAUGGCAGUCAUGCGGGACCUGAAACCCAAGACGGCCCAGGUCCCCAAGCCACAGUCCGAGACCAGCUCCAUCAUCAGGCAAGCUGUGGUGUUACUUGUCAUGUAUCUUUCUCUCGGUGUUGUAAUAUACUCUUUCAACAGGGACAAGUUCUCUGGCAUCGAAACUCACCCGGUUGUUGAUGCUCUUUACUUCUGUAUAGUCACUAUGUGCACUAUUGGGUACGGUGACAUUGCUCCGCAAACGCCGCUGACGAAGGUGUUCUCGUGUGUGUUUGUGUUGGUGGGUUUUGGGUUUAUUGACAUCUUGCUUAGUGGGGUGGUUAACUAUGUGUUGGACUUGCAAGAGAAUAUAAUCUUGACCGGAAUCCAAAUGAGUCAUCAUCAUCACCACGGCAACAGAAGCCACCGUGGGUUUUCGGACUACAUUGUUGAUGUGGCUAAAGGGAGGAUGAGGAUCAGACUCAAGGUGGGUCUGGCGCUUGGUGUGGUGGUCAUGUGCAUUGGCGUUGGGGCUCUGGUUUUGUGUUUUAUGGAGGAUUUGAGUUGGAUUGAUUCUAUUUAUUUGUCUGUUAUGUCGGUUACGACCGUUGGAUAUGGGGACAAGGCCUUCAAGACGCUGCCGGGGCGGCUUUUCGCGGCAGUUUGGCUUUUGUUUUCAACCCUGGCGGUGGCGAGAGCGUUUUUGUAUUUGGCUGAGGCGAGAGUGGAUAAGAGACACAGGAAAAUUGUCAAGUGGGUUUUGCAUAGGGAUAUCACUGUCCAGGAUUUGCUUGCUGCUGACAUCAAUAACCAUGGCUUCAUCAGCAAGUCAGAGUAUAUUGUGUACAAGCUCAAGGAGAUGGGAAAGAUAGAUGAGAAAGAUAUUAUGCAAAUCUGUGAUCAGUUCAGUAAGCUCGACUCAAACCACUCUGGGAAGAUAACACUACCUGAUUUGUUGGAGAACCGCUUUUAACUGCAAAAAGUAAACGCUGGUUUAUGUGAAGGCCAGGAGUGCAGAGGCAUUAAGGGGAAAGCAUGGAAAUGUUGAUUAGGAAAGCCUGUAUAUUUGCAUAUUCCUGACAAAUCUUUGGAGGAUUAAUGAAUAACGUGGCGCCAUGCCUUGCAAAAGAUGAAGUGGAUGCUGUAUAUAUAGACAUUUAUAUUCAAUUCUGAUGGAAGGACUCACAGAUAUGGUUACCGAAGUUAGACUUUCACUGUCGUGAUCCUGUUUCCUUUCUGUUUUUGUAACACACGAAAUGAAAAGGGAACAAAUAACUUAUGUGCAUUCUUUAAUACGAGAGAAAUUAUUCUCAUGAAGGCUUUGAACUGCCUUGUAUACUAUUCAGUUAUAUCUGUCACUGUGAUGAUGUCAGUACUCAUUUUGUC